AUGUCUUUCCAAGACGCAAAGAAGACGUCCCAGCUCGACGCACCCAAGAUCCACAAGAUCCGCAUCACCCUCACCAGCCGCAAGGUGCAGUCGCUCGAGAAGGUCUGCAGCGAGCUCAUCGAGCGCGCCAAGUCCAAGGACCUCCGCGUCAAGGGCCCUGUCCGUCUCCCGACCAAGAACCUCAAGAUCUCCACCCGCAAGACGCCUUGCGGUGAGGGUUCUAAGACUUGGGAUAUGUAUGAGAUGAGAAUCCACAAGCGUCUGAUCGAUCUCAACGCCCCCACCGAGGUCGUCAAGCAGAUCAUCAUCAACAUCGAGGCUGGUGUUGAGGUCGAGGUUACCAUUGCUGCAUAA